UUUGUUUUGGUUUCGUAAAAACAUAUAUUAAAACAAACAACAAAUGGCAUAUGUGGCUUUAAGCGAGGCGGAGAAGACUUUUAUCCUUCAUGGCGUGGAGGAGGACUUUCGAUGCGACGGGCGUUCUCGGAGGGAUUACCGACCUAUGGAGCUGGAGGGGCUGGUGAGCAAUGCUAGUGGCUCUGCCCGCCUCCGCCUGGCCAACACAGACAUCUUGGUGGGUGUAAAAACGGAAAUCGAUGUACCCGAUCCACUGACGCCAGAUUUCGGCAAGCUAGAGUUCUUUGUUGAUUGCUCGGCCAAUGCAACGCCGGAAUUCGAGGGACGUGGAGGCUCGGAUUUGGCCCAGGAGCUGGUGCUGUCCCUUCAAAACGCCUACGAAUCACCACUGGCUUUUGAUUAUCGCACAUUGUGCCUUAUCCCUGGUCAGCAGUGCUGGAAGCUCUAUAUAGACAUAUUGAUUUUGGAAUGCGGUGGCAAUCUUCACGAUGCCGUAUCCCUGGCCGCCAAGGCCGCACUUUUCAACACAAAGCUGCCCCGGGUGACCGCCACACUACUGGACGCCGGCAUCACAGACCUCAUUAUAUCGGAUAAUCCGUACGACUGCACCCGCAUUGGAAUUGACACUGUGCCUCUGUUGGUCACCGUCUGCAAGAUUGGCGACUUCUGCCUCGUGGACCCAUCAGCGGAAGAGGAGUUUGCAGCACCUCGCAUGGUGGUAUCCGUAUCCAUGCGCAAUGGAGCCUUCCUAUCGGGCACCCAUCUGACAGGCGGCGGUGCUAUGCACCGGGACACCAUGCGCAACUGCCUUCAACUGGGCCUGUCCAUUGGCGAGCACCUGGACACUCUGCAGAACAUGCUAAAGCAGGAGCAGGACCGCGUGGGACCCAAGCGGCCCAAGACAGUUGGUUUCCUUAAAUAAAGCUUUUGUUGGUUUAGUGUGAAAAUUUACUAUUUACUCCAACAAAUGACUGUGAGCACCACGCUGCUCUCUUUAGUUU